GCCAUGCACGACGCCUUCGAGCAUGUGCCGAUCCUGGAGAAGCUGCCGCUGCAGAUCGACUGCCUGGCGGCCUGGGAGGAAUGGCUCCUUGUUGGUACCAAACAAGGGCAUCUUCUGCUUUACAGGAUCAAGAAAGAUGUAGGUUGCAAUAGGUUUGAAGUGACAUUAGAGAAAUCCAACAAGAACUUCUCAAAGAAGAUUCAACAGAUCCAUGUUGUUUCUCAGUUUAAAAUUUUGGUCAGUCUAUUAGAAAAUAACAUUUACGUCCAUGACCUAUUGACGUUUCAACAAAUCACCACAGUUUCCAAGGCAAAAGGUGCAUCCCUCUUCACUUGUGAUCUCCAGCAGUCAGAUUCAGGGGAAGAGGUGCUGAGGAUGUGUGUGGCAGUGCGUAAGAAGCUACAGCUUUAUUUCUGGAAGGACAGAGAGUUCCAUGAACUACAGGGGGACUUCAGUGUACCUGAUGUGCCCAAGUCUAUGGCCUGGUGUGAAAACUCCAUCUGUGUAGGCUUCAAGAGGGACUAUUACCUGAUACGGGUGGAUGGAAAAGGAUCCAUCAAAGAACUGUUUCCCACAGGGAAGCAGCUGGAACCACUGGUAGCUCCUGUAGCAGAUGGAAAAGUUGCAGUUGGCCAAGAUGAUCUGACAGUUGUUCUUAAUGAAGAAGGGGUCUGUACUCAGAAAUGUGCCUUGAAUUGGACAGAUAUUCCUAUAGCCAUGGAACACCAGCCUCCCUACAUCAUUGCUGUUCUGCCAAGGUACGUGGAGAUCCGCACUUUCGAACCCCGGCUGCUGGUGCAGAGCAUCGAGCUGCAGAGGCCACGCUUCAUCACCUCUGGAGGCACAAACAUUAUAUAUGUGGCAAGUAAUCACUUUGUUUGGAGGCUCAUUCCGGUGUCCAUAGCCACACAGAUCCAGCAGCUUCUGCAGGACAAACAGUUUGAGUUGGCUUUGCAGUUGGCCGAAAUGAAAGACGAUUCAGAUAGCGAGAAGCGACAGCAAAUUCACCACAUAAAGAACCUCUUUGCCUUCAACCUUUUCUGCCAGAAGCGUUUUGAUGAAUCCAUGCAAGUUUUUGCCAAGCUUGGUACAGAUCCCACUCAUGUGAUGGGUCUGUAUCCUGACCUCCUGCCCACAGAUUACAGGAAACAGCUACAGUAUCCCAACCCCCUGCCAGGGCUUUCUGGGGCAGAGCUGGAGAAGGCACAUUUAGCUCUGAUAGACUACCUAACUCAAAAAAGGAGUCAGCUAGUGAAGAAGCUGAAUGAUUCUGAUCAUCAGUCCAGUACCUCACCCCUCAUGGAAGGAACGCCCACCAUCAAAUCCAAAAAGAAGCUGCUACAAAUCAUUGAUACCACCCUAUUAAAGUGUUACCUGCAUACAAAUGUAGCAUUGGUGGCACCACUGCUACGUCUGGAGAACAAUCACUGCCAUAUUGAGGAGAGUGAGCAUGUACUAAAGAAGGCACACAAAUAUAGUGAGCUGAUAAUACUGUAUGAGAAAAAGGGUCUGCAUGAGAAAGCAUUACAGGUACUGGUGGAUCAGUCAAAGAAAGCCAACUCACCUUUGAAGGGUCAUGAGAGGACAGUGCAGUAUCUGCAGCAUUUGGGCACAGAGAACUUGCACUUGGUAUUUUCCUACUCUGUCUGGGUGCUAAGAGAUUUUCCUGAAGAUGGACUGAAGAUAUUUACAGAAGACCUCCCUGAAGUGGAAGCUUUGCCACGAGACAAAGUGCUCAGUUUCUUGAUAGAAAAUUUUAAAAGCUUGACUAUUCCUUAUCUGGAACACAUCAUUCAUGUCUGGGAAGAAACUGGUGCAGACUUUCACAACUGUCUGAUCCAGCUGUACUGUGAGAAAGUGCAGGGCUUAAUGAAAGAAUAUCUCAGUUCUUUCCCUGCAGAUAGAGCUCCAGUGCCUGCUGGGGAGGAAGGAGGAGACUUGGGGGAUUACCGGAAAAAGCUGCUUCUUUUUCUGGAGAAGUCUAGCUGGUAUGAACCUAGUCGACUUAUUAGUGACUUCCCCUUUGAUGGUCUCCUAGAAGAACGUGCUCUGCUCUUAGGUCGAAUGGGGAAGCAUGAGCAAGCUCUGUUUAUUUAUGUUCAUAUUUUGAAGGACACCAGCAUGGCUGAAAACUACUGCCAUAAACAUUAUGACAGAAACAAAGAUGGCAGCAAAGAUGUGUAUCUGUCUCUGCUCCGCAUGUAUCUCUCCCCACCCAGUGUUCAUUGUCUGGGACCCAUCAAGAUGGAAGUGCUGGAGCCUCAAGCCAAUCUGCAGGCUGCUCUGCAGGUUUUGGAGCUGCACCACAGCAAACUGGAUACUACUAAGGCAAUAAACCUACUCCCAGCAAAUACACAGAUUAGUGAGAUUCGCAUCUUCUUAGAGAAAGUACUUGAAGAAAAUGCUCAAAAGAAAAGAUUUAAUCAAGUGCUCAAGAAUCUUCUCCAUGCAGAGUUUCUGAGGGUCCAGGAGGAGCGGAUCUUGCAUCAGCAAGUCAAGUGCAUUAUUACAGAGGAGAAGGUGUGCACUGUUUGCAAAAAGAAGAUAGGUAACAGUGCAUUUGCUCGAUACCCUAAUGCAAUAGUCGUGCAUUAUUUCUGCUCCAAAGAAGUCAGCACACUGGACACCUGACCUUGUCAUGGCAAAUAAUCCUGACAUUCAUAUGAAAUUCAGUACUGAUGACUGAAGAAGUUGGUGUGUCUCAGAUUUUUAAGACUUGUUGCUAGGUUCUCAUACGCUGGGUAGAAGUAAUUUGUAUCUGUGGACUGACUGUACCUACCCAGCAAUAUUGAUUUACUAGAAAAUGACUUUAACUGUGUUGUUACAGUGCUAGCAACUACAAUGAACAUCUCAGUCCUCAGAUGAAGAACAGAAACUGAUUUUUGUAGUGAGUUUUAUAAUACACUCCAGCCUUGCAAAUGAACCAUUAGACAACUCUUGGAUGUUCACCACAAAUCAAGUUUUACAAUAAAACGUACUUUCUUAGGGUGGCAAUGUUGUGAUUUGGCCUUGCAUGUAAGUAUUUAUACAAAAAAAAGAAAAUUCCCUGAAAGUCUUUGCAGCCAUAUCAGUGUUGCAUGGAGAUCACCGGGUGUUUGCCAUAGAGAAGGCUUCUCUGUCUGUUUCUAGAUAUAGGAAGUGUAACUUCUAUCUCAGUGACAGAAAUUACUUUAGUGUUGGCCAAAGGACUCUCUAAUGAUAUUCAGUGUUUUUACCUGAACUUCUGGUAAGUUGUUUCACAGGAGAUAGUCAGAUAAAUGGUAGAUACCACUAAGAAGCUUUUUUUUUCCCGCUUUUUGUUUGCUUGAGAGCUAUAAAUUGAAUUAACUUGUGUGUUGUUUGCACUGACUAUACUCACUCAUAGCGUGAGUGGAAGAUUUGAAGAAGUUAACAUCUGCAUUCAAAGAAAAAAGCAGAGAACACCCUGUAAAGCAAUUUCUGGAAGAAGUGAACUCUAGUUACUGCUUGAGCUUCUGGACUAUGCUUGAGACUUUUGUAUAUAAAUUCUUUAGUCUCUGGUUCACUUUCUGACAUUGAAGUAAAAUCCAGACUGUUUCAACAUCUGUAUUUUAAAUCUUGUAGAACUGUAUUCUGCUCAGGCUGGUACUGUUCUUAAAUUACUCUUAGGCUAGAAGUCUUAAGAGCUAAAUUGUACCAUACUCACUCUAGAAUGUAGUAUUUUUGUCUAACUUAUUUUUUUCAGAAACAUUAAUCAGUAGCAGACUGGUAUGUGGGACAAAAUAUUUCUUGCAGAAAGAACCCGUGGAGUGGUAAUGAAAAGGCAGCAGUAGCAAAAAACCCAACAGAGUGGCUCCCAGCAUCCUGGUCUAGCAAUACUUAUUUAUGCAGUAUAGAUCAUGACAUAUAACUACCAGAUAUCACAUCUUAAAGAACAAGCUGAUAAAUCUUAUCCACCUAAAGUGUAGUUGAACCUCACUUAACUUCAUAGGUUUACUUACAUCAUGUGUUUUUUAGGAACAGAUCUGCUGGAGGCUGACAAGAAUCUUAAUUCACUUUCAUUUGCCAGUGUUAAUAGUUUCCCCUGAUAACUGUGGUUUCCUUGUUCAUAUGCGUUUGUAUUUAUUGUUCAUGCGUUCUUCUGGAUUUCUUAGUCCAGUGUUUUGCUUGGAUGUCUUGGGCAGUAUUGCUACUGAAGUCUUUCUGCAGAGGCUGGAUAGAGGCAAUCUGUGGUGUUAAUGUUUUUAAACUUGUAUUUCUUCUGUUUGAAGAAGAGAGCCUAAAAAUACUUACACUAGAUUUGCACAUUCUGUAUAGAUCUUUAUAUACUAGUUCAGGUACAGAGGGAAGAUGGUUUGGGAGAGUUGUGUUUACAGAUCAUAGAGAAUGGAGAGGGUAUUUAAAAAGACCCUACAUUCUUUGUAUACAGAUAUAACAACGCUAUAUUGAUUUUUACUUAUCUUAUGUUCAGUACUGGUAAUAUGAUUUUUAUUUACCUUCAUUAUCUGUUAACCAGGAUCUUCAUUGUGCUCUUACUUACAAGACUAUAGUUGUGCCUCUGUUCAUCUCUACUGGAUACCUUUUACAGAGAUGUGGUUUGUGCUGUACUUUUUUUUUUUUUUUUGGUUCGUAUAAUGUGCUUUGGGUUUACUAACCAUACAGCAGGUUUGUCUAAAGCAAUAGGUUGUAAUAAAUAUUGUGAACCAGUGUGUGUUUCAGUCACUGUGCAAUUAAGCUUCUCUGGGCUGAUGUAUAUUUUAUUUUUUAGUUGUAUAUUAGACCUAAUUUUCUCCUGGGCGUCAGACCCAAUGCAGUAUCUCAGUAUCCCUCUUGCUUUAGGAUGUGUAUAUCAAGUAUGGCCACGUCAUCAAUUCUCAGUGUAGGUUCUUAAAUCUACACGUUUAUACAUGCUUGUGAAUGUUCUCAAAAUCCUACUAAAACUACUUUUGUAUUAUCUCUUUGAAUAAUGUUUUUGCAAGUCUUACACCAUUAUAUCAUUAAAUAUGUACUUACUGUAUAACACUAAAAUUACUGACAAAUUUUUUGAGUGGUGAUACACUAUUUUGUGUUGGGGAGGGAUGUUGAGUUCUGUCUGACCAAAUCAGGAAAUGUUUAGAUUCACAGGUUUGCACGUGCUUGGGCUGUAGGUCAUAGUCUGGUGUUAGAAGUCAAAUACAGAUCCUCCGUUUUUCUGUUCUGUAGUUAUGGAAGCACCAGCACAGAGGAAGUCUUUUGUCUCCAUGUUCACAGAAUCAUGGAAUGGGUCAGGCUGGGAGGACCCACAGUGAGUCAGUGCAGGCUCCCUGCUCAAGCAGGGGCAUCUCCAGCAGGUUGGCCCCCAGCCUGUGGUGGUGCCUGGGGUUAUUCCUGCCCAGGUGCAGGACCUUGUGUUUGCCUUGGCUGGAUUUCAGACAGUUCUUCCCUGCCCACCUCUCCAGCCUGUCGAGGUCCUUCUCAAGGGCUUCACAGCCCUCGGGUAUCAGCCACUCCUCCCAGCU